AUUUAAUUUGAAGACGGACCACUUCCGGUCCAGCUGUCAACAGACCCUGCAGUACACGUGUUUCCACAGUUAAAAUGCCGAAGAUUCAGAGGGGAAAACCUGCGGAGAAAGUGGUUCAUCCGUACAGCCGGAAGGCAGCUUAUAUGGCCCGAGAGGAGUGCAGACUUAGGAGGAAAGAGAGGCAGAAGACUGAGAAAGCUACUCGUCUAAGCAACAUUGGUGAGAAGCUCUUGUGGUUUCAGAGUGAGCUGGAUCCAGCUAAGGCGACUUACACAAAAAAAGAUGCCUGCGACAUCAUUGAGAGAUACCUCCACAGAUUUGACUCUGAACUUGAGCAGAUUGAACUCAUGAAUGGGAUCAAAGGUCGGCAGGGUCGUCUCCAUGGCGCCAGAGAGGCCAUAAUCAAACAGACCAUCGAGCGAGAGCGGGCACAGUUUGAGGGUGUCGGUUUCGAAAUCCCCGACAUCAUCAACGGAAAACAUCUGAAGACCUUUAGAGAGUGGACUGGGGACCUGAAGAAACUUCCGAAUAUUAAACUGCGCAAGGUCUCGAACAAAAGUUUAGAGUCAAAGAAGGAAGGAGAGGAGAAACACGAGGGCAAGGAGGAUCAGGAGGAUGAUGAUAAUGAGGAAGAUGGAAGCGAUUUGGACAGUGAGCAAAUGGAUGCGAUUUCAGACUCCCACUGAGACUCUUCAUGUUGGAGCUACUGGAGUAUUAAGACUUAAUGUGAUGUGUGAGAAGAUGCUGCUGCUAUUCCUGGACGGUCCACGAGAUGGUGCUACAGCCUCAAAUAGCAAAGUCAGAUUUUUUUUUUUUCAGUCUGAACUCCUGCCAAAAGUUUCUCAGUAACUUCACACCAGCCUUUCAGAGGUUUCUACAUUCAUCAUUUAUUGCACAAAUAAAUAUGCGUUUCAUGUAACCACGAUGCUCUGUUUUAUUUAGAAAAAAGCUGUUGUGGUGGGUUUAAGACAUAGAGGAAACUGUAUUUUCUGUGAGGUGAGAAACCAAAUCGAGACUAUAAAAGUGGUCAUGUGUGAGUAACAGUCGCUUUGAGUAGGCCGACUUUGUGUCGGUUCGAAUCAAGUGAAAUGCUCAUAAUCUAAUGUAAAAACAUGAAUGGGGGGGGGGAACUAUGAAAGCUCUAGUUACAUCAACAUAAAUAAAGGUUGUCCAGCUCAGGACCUCCGAAGCUGCAAA